AUGAGACUAGAAGUUGUUAUACGAAUAUACCUGUUCCUUAGCUGGAUGCACUUGUGCUCCGGCGAGGGUCACCUGAAACGCUUGACCAGAUCGCUGAUCUUUCCGCCAACGAGUCCCACGCGUGUGCAGUUCAUCGGCGGCAUUGGUAUUCCCGUGGAGAAUCUGCACUUUGAGUCGGUUACCUCGGGCUAUGUGCUCAAGGCGGAGUACUAUCUGCCCACCAACUCCACGGAGAUAACCAGGGUCUACCUCAAGCCGAUGGCUAUUACGGGCAGGGAGAAAGAGAAGGAUUCCCCCUAUGGAGCACUAUAUCGCUGGAUCAUUUACCGCGGCAUCGAGAUGGUCAUCGAGAACAUGGGCUUGCCCGGCCGGAGUUGUCUGCUCCGGCUGAUUUGUGAGCAUGCCGCCGUGCCGCUGAACCACGAAUCCGGCCUGCUGGGUGAGAUCAUGGACAUAGUGCUCAGGCCCUCCAGUUCGGUGGACCAGCUGGCACAGAGCUCGGAUCGGGAGUACCACACAUCGGAGCACUUUGGCCAGAGGGGCGGCGACUGCCAGGCGGCCUAUGCCAGCAGGUGCAAAAAGUCGCCCAUGGAACUGAUCAGCCUGCUGCUGGAGGUCAAUGAAUAA